GCUCGAGAUGCAGAAUCGCAAGCCCUCUUCAAGAAGCUCAAAGCGGUUUGUGUACCGCUCCUCGAGCACUCAGAACUCAAUCCAUCCACGAUUCCUCGUGUAAAUGGCCUCUUGUCUCAACUCCUCGGCAUACUUGGUAACCCUGCAGAAACCAUAAAAUCUGCCGCCACAGCUACUCCUCCAUACCUGGAUCUUGAUCCCUCUCUCAUCUCGUAUAUAUUUUUCCCUUUGUCGAGCAUCUUACGACGCAAUACUUCAUCUGCUAUUCCGGAUCAGAUCCUCGAAAAGCUUCUCCUUGUCUUUGCUGCUAUAUCCGAAAGCUGGUGGUGGACAUGUGAUCUGACAACAUGGAACCAAAUCUUCAUGCUCUCAGGUUCUAUACUAGGCGGGAUCGAGGCUAAAGGAAAAGGCAAGGACAGAGAUGAACACACGAAAGAAGCGGCAGCUCAUUGUUUGUGGGCUUUGCUUCAUGAAAGGCCCUCUCUUGCAUCCCCUACAGACCAAGCCACUAUCCGGCUUUCAGAAAUCCAAACCCAUACAAAAGCGAUGAAAUUCAUCCCCAUACUCGGUCAAACGUUGAAUGCGUUGUUAGAAACAGCGUUAUCUCCACAUUUGUCACUUCAGCGCAUGUCUUUACGAGUUCUCUCUGUCAUGAUCAACGUUUACGCUGCCGAUGCAUUCGUCCCAUCUGUUUUACCUGGUGUCGUCAGCAGCAUGUCCAAGAUUUGUUUGGACAAAACUCGGCAGAAAGGAUGGGUCAACGGAGAGGUUGUCGCAGCCUCCCUCGAUGUCUUGCGAAUCGUCAUUCUGAAGUCAAUCUCAGACGAACGUUGCAUUGCCGAAGGAGCGGUCCGUAGCAUGGUCAACUUGGAGGAUUUGCAAGAUCUAGCCGGUACUGGAGAAGAAAGGAAGCCACCUGAUCCCCCACCUUUCUGUACAGCGCGAACAGCGACGUGGCUUCGUGCAUCGUCCGCUCAACUCCACAUCGCGUUAAACUCUCUUUCCGUCUUAACGAAUCAUCCUACUCCUGCAGCCUCUAACGCAUUGUCCACUUUCGCCUUCCAGAUAUUGCAGGAGACUUCACUAACGUUACCUCAGAGCCAACCGUUGUUGCUCUCUUGGCUACUCUCGCUCUCAAAUUCCACGUUCUCCGGUGUGUCAGAACUCGCCAGAAACAACUUAUUCGAUCUUUUUGCUUCGCCAUCUCUGACGACGCAAACGCUCCUGGAAACUCUACUACAGAUAUCUCAGGAUAGUCUGGCAGCACUUCCGCGGUCGAUAGCCGCUCAAUCUGACGCCAGGGUUGAGCAUAUCGCUGGUCAAAUUGAGGCGGUAUGUAAUUUAGCAACACUGUCUGAGGAUAACCCCAAGGCUCCAUUGGCUUCAAUAAGGCAAGGUGUAAGCAUUCUACUUGGUCCGUCGGGAGGGAUAGAAAAGUGGGGAUGGGCUUUACUAUCGGUCCUUGAACUCUCGACUCCUUCGGUGGCAGUGAACCAUCCUUCAAUAGGUCAACUGUUCCUUGAAGGCAGUGAAGAGGACGCAGACAGUACGACGUUCCCCGACGUUGAACUCAAGAAUGUGGCCUCCAGGUCCGCACAAGAACGCCUAGCCCAGAUGUUCUGGUCGUUAGGUCGGACCUGUGGCGACAAUGGACUAUACGCAGUUGAUUGGUUCUUCGAUGUAGGGAGAAACUUGCACUCCGGUCUUUCCCCACCCGCUCUAUGGUGUGCUGCGAGACUCCUUGAGGGUAUGGGGAACAUCCAACUCUUCUAUCAAGCCCAUGUUCACCUCGCCACACCCUCUCCUAGUCAGAGGUUCCUUACAUACUGCAGAGGUUUGUCUAAGAAUAUAUCUGAGUGGUGGGAUGAGGAAGCAGAGAACCGAGAAACCGAGCCUAAAGAGUCUUCGUCCGCGGACGAUCACAGUCUUCGCACAGAGGUCAAGAAGGGUCUGAGUUCUAUCAGACUCUCCAGUCGACUUCCUGAACCCCUGGUUGACAUCGGGACUCGCCCAAGUAUACAACCAGCCCUGCGGAAGAGUCUCGCACUCCACCUACUCGCUAUAAGCGGAAACAUUCUACAAGCGAGGUUCACACCCAUGUUCAUAUACAUUCUCUACCCCAUCCUUCAUUCCAUCGUCUCCCCAAUCCCGCACCUCUCUCUAACUGGCCUCUCUACUCUGAACUCCAUAGCCAAUGCAACAUCUUAUGCUUCCCCCGCAAAUCUCUUGCUCUCCAACUUUGAUUAUGCUCUGGAUUCUGUCUCUCGUCGGCUUAGCCGUAGAUGGCUAGACAUGGAUGCACCAAAAGUUCUCGCUGUUCUUGUGAGACUUGUGGGAAGUGAGGUAGUUCAGAAGGCCGGAGACGUUGUCGAAGAAUGCUUCGACAGGCUCGAUGAAUAUCAUGGAUAUUCGGUGAUUGUUGAAGGCCUCGUGGAAGUCCUGGGCGAGGUCCUCAAGGUUAUUGAACUCGAUGAACCCCGUUCCACGGAUCAGGGUGGACAAGUAAAGAGGGCUGAAUCGCACACUUUAUCAAGCCUACGACCCUUUCUUCACUGGGUGUCUCACCGUCAUGAUCCUGUGGAGGAUACGACUGAUUACGGACCCGCACCCCAUCGACCUUGGGGAGAGCCUGCGAAAAAGGAGGAUGAAGCGGCCCGCGGUCCUUCAGAUAUGGAGAAAGAACCUGAUUUCACACCUUCACAAGCGUUAACCCAGCAAAUGGUGUCUCGUUCAAUUUAUUUCCUCACUCAUCAGUCUCCUGUCAUCCGGGCUCGCAUACUCAAUCUGCUUGCUUCUGCGAGUGCCGUUUUGCCGGAGUCAGCGCUUCUUCCAUCCAUUCACAAGGCCUGGCCCUUCAUCUUGAACCGCUUUGACGACGCGGAACAGUACAUCGUGAGCGCGGCUGCGGGCCUGGUGGAGAAUCUCGCCAUUCAUGUCGGUAGUUUCAUGACACGUCGCGUUUGGGGUGACAUUUGGCCCCGGUUCAUGCGGAUGCUUGCCAAGCUGGACGAGGCUGAUUCUCGGAACGCCUUGGCUCGCCGAGGGUCUGGGGCGGUGGGCACGGCUUCCGCGUAUACCCAUUCACACCGCCUAUAUCGUUCUAUUUUACGAACGAUGGAGGCGGCGGUGAAGGGGGUGGACAUCGAAGACUCCACCAUAUGGCAGGUGACCCUCGCUUGCAGGCGCUUCUUGCACCGUGAGGCACAUGAAGAACUUCAGGCGCUUGCACGGCUACUUUAUCAAGCGCUCGCGGGCGUUAACGAAGAUGCUGUAUGGGUGGCCUUGAUGUCUACAUUGGGUAAACUUGAUGGGGAAGGAUCUUAUUUGAGAGAGUCUAGAUGGGAUAUCGAAAACAAUGUGAUGGCAAUACUUGGUACAAGUUGGUAAUUUUCUCAUGUUGUAGUGUAUAUGGGUAUCCGUUGUUCAAAUCAUGCUUCCGGUGGGGGGGCAUACUUGAC